AUGACCUCGUCCCGCCUCAUAACUGCAGCUCUCAGCAGCCUCCAUCCCCGUUCUCACGGCGGCCGCGACCGCCACUUCUGCAUCGGCGUUGCGGACAUCGACCCGCUCACCUCCAAGCUCGACGCCGCCGGCGUGCCCUACACCCGCUCCGCGUCGGGGCGCCCCGCCAUCUUCUUCCGGGACCCCGAUGCUAAUGUGAUCGAGUGCGUCGAGGGCGCGGACCCCUGGCGAUGA